UUCUCUCUAUUUUUCUCCUUCUCUAAUCCCAUGAGUUUCUUCCAAUUCUCUUAACUCUUCUAUGAAUCUUCAAUCUCAUUCGUUUUCUGUUUGCUGGAUGCUGGGUAUGGUUAUUGGCAAUCUGGUUUUUUUUUUUCCUGUUUGUUUAAGGGGAAUGGAAAUCUUCCCAUUGGAUUAAUGGUAGCCUCUGAUGGAAUUUUGCUUUGUGUUCUUCAUCUUCAAGUUUAAGGGUUCUUGUCUUUUUUUUUUUUUCUUUCGUUUUUCUUAUGUUUUCCUAACAAUUCCCAUACAAAACGAAUUUACCUCAUUUGGUGAAAAAUGGGUCUCAAUUUUUCAAUUUCUAUCUUGUUUUUGUGCUGGAGAAUGUAAACUUGUUUUGUCCUGCUAGGACUGGAACAUGCUUCAGUUGAAACUUUAGGGUACAAAUUGUCUGUAUUGAUAGAAACUUGUGAUAUUUCAUGACAUGAGUUAUGUGGGGACCAAAUCCAUGUCAAUUUUUGUUUUAAUGGGGGGUUUAUUAGUCAUAUUCUCUCUUUUAUUUUUCUUGAGUAGAGAAAAAUUCCAAAGAAUCAUCAUUUGACUUGAAAGACUUGUGAUCUUUCAAUGGUUUAUUUGGAAUUUCUGUUGGUGAAAUGUGAAUGAGAUCCUUUGAUUUUUAUAGAAGCGUGUCUGGUUUUGUUCUUAAGAACUUUGAUGAGCUGAAGCAUAAACUUAUGUGCACAACUAUUGAGCUAGAGUCACUAAAAGUUGAAGCAAGUGAAAAGAUGAGAAAGCACAAGGAAGAUGUGAAUCAUUUAAUUGAUCUCUUAAAAAUGGCAUAUAAAGAAAGAGAUGAAGCAAGAGAUCAGUUGCAGAAGCUUCUUAACAAGCUGAUUCCUUCUAAUUCUGCUGAAUUAAAUCCCAUUCUUCAUCAAACACAGCAACCCAAAACAUCAAUUGUUAUACCCAUGAAGACAAACUCAAGCAUAACUGAAUCUAACAGUCUAUCAGAUACAUACAAUCACCAAUCACAUGGAUCUUCCCCAGUAGAUUCCUUGUUUGAUGCAGUUACUUCUCCAGAUUUCUCAAGCAUGAACAUGGCUGAUUCAAGUCAGAUAAAUUUUGGGAAUAACGCCUAUCUUGAAGAAUAUACUGCUUCUAUGGCAACAGGUUUGGUUUCUCAAUCUGUUCCCAAGAUUGAUCCAGCUGAUGCUGCAAUUGAUAGUCUUGUUAAUGGAAAAAUCUUGCCUCAGAAAGGAAAACUUCUACAAUCUGUUACAGAGGCAGGUCCUCUCCUUCAAACACUUCUUGUUUCAGGGCCACUUCCCCAAUGGAGAAAUCCUCCUCCAAUGGAACUUUUCAAUAUUCCACCAUUUUCUAUUAAAGGUUGUGAAGUUGCAAGUACUAUUGAUCAGAAACCUGCUCCAAAUGCAAAUUCUGCAGACCAGAAACCACAGAGUUUAGCUUGUCCUGAUAUGUUUCGUGGUUCUUCUCAAAUGUGUUCUGUUUCCAUGUUAAAUUUUACGAGUGGUGCUUCUGGUUCAAGUUUAGGGAGCUUUUGGCCAUUGAAUUCUAGCAAGCGGCAAAGAUUUCUUUGAGAUUAGAUACUUUUUGUUACUUUUUCUUUCCUUAUUGUAAAAAAAAAAAAGAAAAAAAAAUCAAAUUUCAGGGGUUGAUGGUGUAAAUGAGAUAGGUUGUUUUGGGGUUGAAUGGCAAAGCUAGUUGGCUUUUUUGCCUGCUUCUGCAUUAGAGAGCUAUAUUUCUUGCUGGUGCUUGAUUAAUCAAAAUUUACUUCUUUUUCCC